CGCCGCCGGAAGUGGGAGGUGUCUCGCGCGGUCUGGAGCUCGACCCCUCCCCCGUGGCUUGGUCGCCCCCUCCCCCCCGCUCCGCCCGCUCAGAACGUGAUGGCGGCAUCUGAGAUAGCGGGUGGUGUGGCCAAUGCCUCCAGUCCUCCUGAAUCCUCUUCUGGUUUGUGUGCUUCCAAAUCAGAUGAAGGUCUGCCCGAUGGUCUAAGUUCCACAGACCCUGCACAGAAGCAUGAGAACUUGCCUCUGUCGAGUGUAAGUAGCCAAGCGAUAACCGAGGAGACUAACAGAAAUGUCCAUUUGGAACAGCCAGAGCAGAAUCCCGGUUCGUCAGCAGGUGACACUUCAGCAGCGCACCGGGGGAUUUUAGGAGAAAACUUGGUAGCCACAGCCCUUUGUCUUCCUGGCAGUGGGUCUCAGUCUGAUUUGAAGGACUUGGCCAGCCCAGCAGGAGAGGAGGGGGACACGUGCCUCCAGGAGAGCCUCCCUCCAGCCACUCAGUCUCUUAAGGCAGGGUGCCAUACAAAGCAGCUUGCCUCCACGAGUUCUUCUGAAGAGCAAUCCCCACAAGCCUCCAACCCAAAGGAAGGUAUCAGGGAUACAGGCUUGGCUUUCCAACCUGUAGUGCCUCCAGCAAAUGGGGUUGAAGGAGUCAGAGAGGAUCUGGAUGAUGAUCAGGAUAGCUCUUCCCUGAAGCUUUCUCAGAACAUUGCUGUACAGACUGACUUUAAAGCAGAUGAAUUAGAGCUAAACACAGAUCAAGAUAUUGAAAGGAAUCUGGAUAAAAUGAUGUCAGAGCGGACCCUAUUGAAGGAGCGUUACCAGGAGGUCCUAGACAAGCAGAGGCAAGUAGAGAAUCAACUCCAAGUGCAAUUGAAGCAGCUUCAGCAAAGGAGAGAAGAAGAAAUGAAGAAUCACCAGGAGAUAUUAAAGGCUAUCCAGGAUGUGACAAUAAAGCGGGAGGAAACAAAGAAGAAGAUAGAAAAGGAAAAGAAGGAAUUUUUACAGAAGGAGCAAGAUCUGAAAGCUGAAAUUGAGAAGCUUUGUGAGAAAGGCAGAAGAGAGGUAUGGGAAAUGGAACUAGAUAGACUCAAGAAUCAAGAUGGCGAAAUAAAUCGGAACAUUAUGGAAGAGUCAGAAAGGGCCUGGAAAGCAGAGAUCUUAUCACUAGAGAGCCGGAAAGAGUUGCUGGUAUUGAAAUUAGAAGAAGCAGAAAAGGAGGCAGAGCUACACCUUACUUACCUCAAGUCAACUCCCCCAACACUAGAGACAGUUCGAUCCAAACAGGAAUGGGAGACAAGACUAAAUGGGGUUCGGAUCAUGAAAAAGAAUGUUCGGGACCAGUUUAAUAGUCAUAUCCAGUUAGUGAGGAACGGAGCCAAGCUGAGCAGCCUUCCUCAGAUCCCUACUCCCACCUUGCCUCCACCCCCAUCUGAGACAGACUUCAUGCUUCAGAUGUUUCAGCCCAACCCCUCUCUGCCUCCUCGGAUGCCCUUCUCCAUUGGGCAGGUCACGAUGCCCAUGGUUAUGCCCAGUGCAGAUCCCCGUUCCUUGUCUUUCCCACUCCUGAGCCCUGCCCUUUCCCAGCCCAACCAACCUUCCCCGCCCCUUCCUGGCUCCCAUGGGAGAAAUAGCCCUGGCUUAGGUUCUCUCGUUGGCCCCCAUGGUCCACACAUGCCCCCUGCUGCCUCCAUCCCGCCUCCCCCAGGCUUGGGCGGUGUUAAGGCUUCUACUGAAACUCCCCGGCCCCAGCCCGUAGACAAGCUGGAGAAGAUCCUGGACAAGCUGCUGGCUCGGUUCCCACACUGUAAUAAGGCCCAGAUGACCAACAUUCUUCAGCAAAUCAAGACAGCACGUACCACGAUGGCAGGCCUGACCAUGGAGGAGCUGAUCCAGUUGGUGGCUGCUCGACUGGCAGAACAUGAGCGUGUGGCAGCAAGUACCCAGCCACUUGGUCGGAUUCGAGCCUUGUUCCCUGCUCCACUGGCCCAAAUCAGUACCCCAAUGUUUUUGCCUCCUGCCCAAGUUUCAUAUCCUGGAAGGUCUUCACAUGCUCCAGCCACCUGUAAGUUGUGUUUAAUGUGCCAGAAACUCGUACAACCCAGUGAGCUACAUCCAAUGGCGUGUACCCAUGUAUUGCACAAAGAGUGUAUCAAAUUCUGGGCCCAGACCAACACAAAUGACACUUGUCCAUUUUGUCCAACUCUUAAAUGAUGGGCCUGACUGGGGAGGAAGAAGAGGAGACACUGAUGUGAACAGGAAGGAGCGGGUUCAAGAUUUCUAAAACUCUAUAUUUAUACAGUGACAUAUACUCAUGCCAUGUACAUUUUUAUUAUAUAGGUAAUGUGUGUAUAGGAAGUCUGUAUUCAGAUGUCCGUCAAUGAAAGUAUGUAUAUAAUGCAGAAAUGGUCUGUUCCCCCUCAUCUUGCAGUUCCUUGUGGGAAACAGAUUGUAGGGAAGAUGGUGGUUAGUUUGGCAUUGAAAUAGUGAUGCUUCUGCCUAGGGGAGUUUUCAAAUACAACAUAAAAACCAUCUAGGAAGCUGCUGUUGCUCUAAGGCCAUCCUGCUUUGAUUUGGCUCAGCCUCUAGUCCAUUUUCCUUCGGCUCUUGUCUGCAGGUUUGAACCCUGGUGCUCACCCGCUGUCCACCCACAUGCCUUGCUUACUGAAAGCCUCAGGAAGCCUGAGUGUUGUUCUAGCCACUCUACAGAUAAAAGUGAGACUGAGUGAGGAAAAACAA